UGUUGUUGUUGAUUGGAUAUUUAUGUGCCUGGCUCUGUCAGUGUAAUUCACUGCUAAGCCGGGUUCAAGAGCGAUGGCUUCUUUCGUUUUCAAGUAAAUCAAAUUUAGAGUUAAAACAGUUGUUGCAAAGAAAAUAUAACAUUUUGGAAUUAGUUUUUAGGGUGAGGAGUUACCUCUCUUUGAAAUAUCAACGUUUCGAUUCAUUGCCACACUGUAUAACGAUUCACUGACUUUGAAAAUAAAAUAACAUCAGUCGAGUGUGCGAAGAGUAACAAUGGAAGACGGACGUGAGAAGUGGAGUCGGAAAAUCGAAUACCUUUUGGCCACAGCAGGGUAUGCUGUUGGACUGGGGAACGUAUGGAGGUUCCCAUAUCUGUGCUACAGAAGUGGAGGGGGGGCUUUCCUGAUCCCAUUCCUGAUUAUGCUGACCCUGUGUGGUAUCCCUCUGCUUUACAUGGAGAUGGCAGUGGGUCAGUUCACGCAGCAGGGGCCAAUAGGGGCCAUUGGGAGACUGUGUCCUCUAUUCAAAGGUGCUGGCCUUGCCACUGUGGUGAUAUCGUUUUUGUUUACAACGUACUACAACGUGAUAAUAACCUGGGCGUUCUACUACCUGUUCAGCUCGCUACAGGCCGUCCUACCAUGGUCAGACUGCAGCAAUGAUUGGAACUCGGACACCUGUUUUGAUGGCAGCAACAAGACUGUGGUUGACUUGACAACCAAUAUCACCAUAAUGGUCGCCAGGUCAAACAAUAGCAUAUCACCAACAGAAGAUUUCUAUGAGAGCCGUCUCCUUCAGAAAACCUCCGGUAUUGACUCCCCAGGGGCACUGAAAUGGGACCUGUCCCUUAUUCUGCUGUUCUGCUGGAUCCUGGUAUACUUCUGUUUAUGGAAAGGGCCAAAACUGACAGGCAAGGUUGUGUAUUUCACUGUCACAUUCCCAUACGUGGUGCUGCUGGUUCUCCUGAUACGAGGUUUGACACUGCCUGGGGCUGUCAACGGCAUCCUCUAUUUCAUUGUGCCACGUUGGGAACUCCUCCUGAAUGCAAAUGUGUGGGUGAAUGCCGCUGCUCAGACCUUUAACUCACUUGGUAUUGCGUUUGGAGGCAUCAUCACCAUGUCCAGUUACAACAAGCGUAACAAUAGGAUACUUAAGGAUGUACUUGCGAUAGGGCUGCUGGAUGUGUUCACAUGUGUGCUGGCAGGCUUUGCAAUAUUCUCUAUCCUUGGGUACCUAGCACACAACCAGGGCAAAGAUGUCCAUGAUGUUGUCAAAGAAGGGCCAGGUCUUGUGUUUAUCAUCUACCCUGAGGCGUUCACCAGCAUGCCUGUGUCUCCAUUGAUAUCAGUACUUUUCUUCCUCAUGCUCAUCACCCUUGGAAUAGAUAGUCAGUUUGCCUCAGUUGAAGUGAUUGUUACAACCAUACAAGACCAUUUCAGCCUUCAAGUGAAGAAGUACCUCAAGAGGAAGGAAUUCCUCGUACUGUUAGUCUGUUUGAUCUCAUUUCUUUGCGGCCUGCCAAAUGUUACUCAGGGUGGUAUAUAUUUCUUCCAACUCAUUGACAACUUUUCGUCAGCCAUGUCUCUCAUGUAUCUGGCAUUCUUCGAGGUCAUAGCUAUCACAUGGAUCUAUGGAGCACGUCGUUUGGCAAAAGAUGUUGAGAUGAUGACUGGUGUAAGGCCAAACAUUUUCUUUGUUGUUUGCUGGUAUGUCUUCUCACCUCUUCUCAUACUGGGUAUCUGGAUAUUCAGCCUGGUACAAUACACACCCUUCUCUAUGGCUGGUUACGAGUAUCCAGGCUGGGCUAUUGGUCUAGGCUGGUUCCUGGCUGCUCUCUCCAUUGUCUGCAUCCCAGCAGGCAUGAUACAUGCUGUCCUCAACAGUAAGGGGCAGUCACUCUGGCAGAAAUUCUUGAAUGCAUUAAAACCUGUGAGUGAAGAAGAAACAACCAUAAUGACUUCUGACACAAAGGAAAGAGAUGUAGAGUAUGUUAAAUAUAAUGGUAGUACUAGAGCCACUCAGUUCCAAGAGGAACACCAUGAAUACCCGAAUGGAAGUCCGUUGAAGCCUCUAAGCUACACGAAGGUGUGACCUGCACACUUUUCUAUGAGUUCUUAUUUAGCAUUGUCAAUUUGUGUUGUAUGCCAUCGUCAGAACCCAGUCACUCACAUGUGCUAUGCAUGGUUGAGUGUGGGAGAUAAGGCAACCCAAAUUGUGUUUGCAUAAAUAAUUGCAUGGAAAUUCAAGCAUUAUUUUAUAACACAUUGGUAAGGUGGCAUAUAGCAGUUGAACUGUCUGUCUGUCUGUAAGUCCGUGUGUCAGUCCGAAAACUUAAACAUUGGUCAUAACUUUUGCAAUAUUGAAGAUAGCAACUUGAUAUUUGGCAUGCAUGUGUAUCUCAUGGAGCUGCACAUUUUGAGUGGUAAAAGGUCAAGGUCAUUUAAGGUCAAAGGUCAAAUAUAUGGCUUCAAAGUGGCACAGAAGAGGGCAUUGUGUUUCUGAAAAAACACAUAUCUUGUUUCUAUAUUAAAUGUAAAAAAAGAUAUUUUAAUCUUUCCUACCUUGAAAUUUAAUAUAAACAUAUCACUGUUUUAUUGACUUGAGUAUACAAAAGUGCGCUUGUCCUGCUGUACAACUUCUUGGAACAAACAUAACUUGUCAGGACUAGCGGAAUUUUUAUGCGGUGAGUUACAUGGCAGGCGACAUUCUUUUUGUAAUAUGUACAUGUUAUCCAUAUGCUUUUAUAAUGUUUAAAUUGUUACCUGCUCAAAAGACUGUUGCUUCCUAGAUUUCAUUUAAGCAGUAUACAUGUAUAAAGCGAAUAUGAAAGUCAUUUUUCAUUAUUUGACUCGUAAAAAAUAAUGAAAGUAUAAUUUGCCAGCCAGAUCCCUCAAAGUAUAUAAUGUAGUUUUUAUGGUAUUUUUUAUGCUACUUGCGCUUAAUUAUAUUGGAGAUGCUGAUCCAAUACUUAAAAGUAUUACUACACCCCUGACAGAUAACAAUUAUCAUGCUUUCUUUCAACGUUUCAUCACUUGUAAAUCACCUCCACUUGUAAUACUGUUUGUGUGGGAAUGUCUUUAACAAGUAUAAACAAACAUCAUUCUGAUUAUCGUGCUUGGCGGUUUAUAAAUCUUUGUCAAAUUAGGCAUGAUUGAAAAAGUUUUGAAAAUAAAACAUGCAAGUAGUAUAACCAGUUAACAUACAUGAAGUAUUUCCUGCAAUAAUUAGAAACCAUCAUCGUUACAAAAUUCAUGUCAAUACAAUUUCAACCAUCACCAUCUUAAUAAUUAAAUGUAAAACCCUAACUUGCAUGCAUAAUGUUAAGUCCAAAAUAUUGCACAGUGAUGAUUUUUGUGUCAAAAAUGUUUGAGCUGUCAUUUUUGUUGUGUUUGCAACAAAGUAACUCAUCUUAUUGUACUACAUUAUUGUGUUAAAGAUGUUGCUCUCAGCCAUUAAUUUCCCAUUAUUUUCUCAAUAAAUGUAUGUCAUGGAGUGAGAAUAUGUCAAACAAAUUAUUUUUUCUUUCAAUGCUACACAAUACAAUGAUUAUUAUAUUAUUUUUGUUAUGCCCCCGGUAGGGUGGCAUAUAGCAGUUGAACUUUCCGUUAGUCAGUCAGUCAGUCUGUCCGUCUAUCCUAAAACUUUAACAUUUCCCAUAACUUUUGCAAUAUUAAAGAUAGCAACUUGAAAUUUGGCAUGCAUGUGUAUCUCAUGGAGCUGCGCAUUUUGAGUGGUGAAAGGUCAAGGUCAUCCUUCAAAGGUCGAAUAUAUGGCGUCUGUCAGUCCAUCAGAAAACUUUAACAUUGCCCAUAACUUUUGCAAUAUUGAAGAUAGCAACUUGAUAUUUGGCAUGCAUGUGUAUCUCAUAAAACUGCACAUUUUGAGUGAUGAAAGGUCAAGGUCAAGUCCAUCCUUCAAGGUCAAAAGUCAACUUUUGAAAUAUUGAAGAUAGCAACUUGAUAUGGGUGAAAGGUUAAGGUAAUCCUUCAAGGUCAAAUGUCCAAUAUAUGGUGUCUGUCUGUCUGUCCAAAAACUUUUACAUUGACCAUAACUUUUGCAAUAUUGAAUGAAGAUAGAAACUUGAUAUUUGGCAUGCAUGUGUAUCUCAUGGAGCUGCACAUUUUGAGUGGUGAAAGGUCAAAGUCAUCCUUCAAGGUCAAAGGUCAAAUAUAUGGCUUCAAAGUGGUGCAGUAGGGGGCAUUGUGUUUCUGACAAACACAUCUUUUGUUUGUGUUUGUUAUAAUGAAUACAAAUUUCUUGAUGUUGACAUCCUCAAGCUGUUUCAUUUGCAUAUUUUGCUGUAUUGUUAAUCACUUUAUAUGUGUGUUCUGUUUUAUUUCCAAUUAUUAACAGUUUAGUAAUGAAACGCUUUAUAUGUGAGUUCUUGUUUAUUUAAACUUAUUAACAGCUUAGUAAUGAAUCGCUUUAUAUGUGCGUUCUGUUUUAUUUCAACAUAUUUACAGUUUAGAAAUGAAUCGCUUUAUAUGUUUGUUUUGUUUUAAUUCAACUUAUCUACAGUUUAGUAAUAAACAAUUAAAAAAGUAAAAAAUAAUGGUGCAAUAAAUAAAUUUAUGGUUUGUCACUUUUUAUGCCCCCCUUUGAAGAAGAGGGGGUAUAUUGUUUUGCACAUGUCAGUCCGUCCGUCUCUCCGUCCACCGAAUGGUUUCCGGAUGAUAACUCAAGAACGCUUACGCCUAGGAUCAUGAAACUUCAUAGGUACAUUGAUCAUGACUCGCAGAUGACCCCUAUUGAUUUUCAGGUCACUAGGUCAAAGGUCAAGAUCACGGUGACUAGAACCAGUAAAAUGGUUUCCGGAUGAUUACUCAAGAAGGCUUACGCCUAGGAUCAUGAAACUUCAUAGGUACAUUGAUCAUGACUUGCAGAUGACCCCUAUUGAUUUUCAGGUCACUAGGUCAAAGGUCAAGGUCAAAGUGACUUGACACAGAAAAAUGGUUUCCGGAUGAUAACUCAAGAACGCUUACGCCUAGGAUCAUGAAACUUCAUAUGUACAUAGAUCAUGACUCGCAGACGACCCCUCUUGAUUUUCAGGUCACUAGGUCAAAGGUCAAGGUGACUCGAACCAGUAAAAUGGUUUCCGGAUGAUAACCCAAGAACGCUUUUGCCUAGGAUCAUGAAACUUCAUAGGUACAUUGAUCAUGACUCGCAGAUGACCCCUAUUGAAUUUCAGGUCACUAGGUCAAAAGUCAAGGUCACGGUGACUCAAACCAGUAAAAUGGUUUCCGGCUGAUAACUCAAGAACGCUUAUGCCUAGGAGCAUGAAACUUCAUAGGUUCAGUUGAUCAUGAAUCGCAGAUGACCCCUAUUGAUUUUCAGGUCACUAGGUCAAAGGUCAAGGUCACGUUAACUCGAACCAGUAAAAUGGUUUCCGGCUGAUAACUCAAGAACGCUUACGCCUAGGAUCAUGAAAUUUCAUAGGUCAUAAUCAGGUUAAUAGGAAAAUCUGGUAUAUUUUAGUCAUCAUGUUUGUGUUAGGAAACAAAAUGUACUUGGCGUUUUAAGUAUACAUUUUAUAUCAAAAUAUGAUCAUGUUGUUGGUUGGUAUUUCAUGAUGUUUGCUGUAGAGAAAAUCUUUGUAUUUACAAAUUAUCUUGGUUGUUAUUGUUACUCAUUAAAAAAAUGUAUUAACCAAUGAUGUGUGGUUUUAUUAAACGUUGAGGUAGAAGCAGUAGUAUGCACAGAACUUAAUUAAAUGAAAAGUGAAAUUAAAGUUUUGAGCUCAACUGAGCACCAGAUUUUAAUAGUGAUCUUAAGUGAUGGCUUUUGUAAGAUGUCAUUUGACAGUCAUCAACAUUUGGAUGUAUAUAUUUCUUCUCUGUUCCUUUUUAAUAUUUUCAUUGUUAUAGUUGGUUAAAUAAUUUGUAGUCUUAGUUUGAAAAUAGUUUUUGUAUGUUGAAAAACAUUGCCUCCAGAUUUUGGGGCGGUGUCCAUUUAUUGCUAAAAUGAAACCUUGUUAAUGUUCUAUCACCGUGAAAAUUGGUAAAUAAAUUUGUCCCAAUUAAAUGUCCCUUCAUUUAAAACUGGGGUGAGGUGUACAAAACUAGGUCAUGUGGUCAAAUAAAAAAAGAAAAGUUAAUUAACACUCUAGAAGUCACAUUUUUAGUCCAAUUUUCCUGAAAAUUGGUCAUAGCAUUUGUUCUAAUGAAAUAUCAGCAGAGUUCUAAAAUGGUUCCGGUCCAUUGAAAAAUAUGGUAAAUAGUUAUAUUAUUAUUAUAUCAGUAGAUUUGUUCUAAUGAUUUCUGGGCCGAGAACAACAAUUAUUCCAUUCUGUUAAAAUGAAUGGCUGCUAGGGGGCGAGUAAGUUUUUCUUACAAUGGCUACAUUUAAACAAUGUAUGCUCUUAUGUCACAUCUUUUGCCCAAUCUGCAUUAAAACUGCUCAUAAUUUAUAUUCUCAUGAUAUUUCAAUUUAGGUCUAUAUCGUUUUGGUCUUUUGAAGAAUAUUGCUAGGAUGGGAUGUUUUAGUUUAGCUUGUUAUUUCGGCUCAAGUGGAACCUUUUGAUACUGGUUUAAAGCCCCUUUCUGAAGAUGAUUACAACCAAUGUAAGAAAUACUAUGAGUGCAGCAAUAUGUUGCUGUGCACCUAUAUGUUAAGGUUUUACAAUUACAUGCAUUUACCUCAGUAUUUGAGACAUUGCUAUCUUUUUUGACUAAGAGUAGUUCAUUUCUGCUUCGUAAGGUAAGGGUUUUAGGCUUGUUACCAGACAAGCAGUCCAUCCCACAGUUUGUACCAGAAGGGCAACUAUUCAUUUCGUUGUGGUUCUCAGUACCUCCAAAAUGCAUUUCCACUGUGUCAUGCACCUCACAAGGGAACAGCAUGCCUGGGACGAGCAGUGCAGCCUUUAAUCAGGGAAGGUAAUUUUGUGCGUUCAUAUCAUUAUCAUCACACGCAUAACAAAGUUCUUGAUGGUAAUGCAACAUGCAUGAAAUGCUUAUUGACAGAUCAAACUGUUUGUGAAGUCACGGCAUCUAGCCAAUUUCCAAAGGUCGCUUAAUUGGUAUAUUACCUUUAUAUGAUGAAAUAAGAAGCCGAUUAUCCUUUUAGCACCCUAUCUAGCCUAUCUAGCCUAUUAAUAUGGAACGCCACAGCUGUCUUAUGUUCAACGCUGGUAUGCUGUUUGCUUCAUUCUUGUGUUGUUGGGUUUAGUGAGUAUUAUGUUUAGUUCGUAAUACAUCAUGUUUAGUUGAUUAAAAAUGUUGCUGGAUCAAACUACAUCAUGCUUAGUUGAUCAAAAAUGUUGUUGGGUCAAACAAUUAUAUUGUCCAGUUUAACAUUAUUUUUGUCGGUUAUAAGCACAUGGUGUUUGGUUAAACCAAUAUGUUGCUCAGUUAGUACGUUGACUUGUUAUGUUUACUUUGACAUUACGUAAGGUUAACACGUGCAGUUAUUGGGUCACAGAAGCAAUGUAUUCGCUCGAAAAUUAUGUUGUUAAGUUACCUUAACAUUGUGUUUAGUUAGUAUUACAUUAUGUUAAGGAGGUACACUCACUUGCUAUGUCAAAAUAUAAACAUGUCUUGUUUAAAAAUGUGUUUAUCAGUUAUUGUAAAAUGAUGUUAAGUAACGAGAAUAUAUUGUUCAGUUGAAAACUAUAUUAUUUCGUCCUAAACUCAUUCUGUUAUGUCAAUGUUGGCCUUACGUUCGGUUAUCAAAUACUGUUAUUGGGUUGGAGCAGCAAAUUCGCUUCAACCCUGUGUUGUUGGGCUACUCUAAUAUUAUGUAUAUUUAAAAUGCAUGUUUAGUAUUUUACACUGCUGUUAAACCAUAAUGUUGUGGGGUUGCCGUGACAAGUUGUUAUGUUCAUUUGGAAUAAAUCGGACUGUUUCUCUAGGCUUUAUUAAAGUCUAUCAUUGUUUUUAUUAUGGACAAGGAAGAAUCUACUGUUUUAAACUGUGUCGUUCUUUUUGCAGUAAACAACGCUCUUACAAAUUAUAUGUCAACUACUUUUUAACGUGUGUGCAUUUUUAAACUAUGGAGAGCAUCUUAAAUAAACUUGGCUUGCAAAAAUACGUGAACAUAUUUAGCGAGGAAAAGAUUUCCCCAGACAUUAUUUGUGACAUGUCACUGUAUGAUAUGGCUUGUUUGGGAUUAAAUAACAGAGCUGAGAUCAUGAAUUUAAGGACAGCUUGUAUUCACUUCGGGAAUAGCCAGGUUCGUCGUGAUAUUGGAUCAAAUGGAGGACCAUCGAGAUCUACAUUUCAGAUUUCGAAACAGACAUUAGAAGGUCUAAUAGAAUCUGAUUUCGAGGUGAAAGAAAUAGCGGAACUGCUGUCAGUUUCCGAGAGCACUGUAUACAGAAGAAUGAGGAUGUAUGAAUUGAAAAAACUAAAUUUUACAGAAAUUAGUGAUGAAAGGCUUGUUAAUAUUGUGAAUGAAGUAUCAAAAGAAUUUCCCAGAUGCGGCGAAAAGAUGGUUAAAGAAAUACUUCGACAAAAACAUGUACAUAUACCAAGAUAUCGUCUUCGAGAUAUUUUACAUACACAUGAUGAAGCUGGGAUAAAGAAUAGAACACUGCGGCGUCUUCACAGACGUGUAUAUCACGUACAAGGGCCAAAUCAUAUUUGGCAUGUGGACACUAACCACAAACUAAUACGUUGGUAUUUUAUAAUCUCCGCGGGAGUUGAUGGUUUCAGUAGAAUGAUUAUGUUUAUCCGUGCAUUAGACAAUAAUAGAGCAGAUACAUUACUUCAAGUAUUCACACAAGGUGUCGCCGAGUCUGGAAUACCACUGCGAGUGAGAACUGAUAAAGGAAUGGAAAACGUUAAAAUAGCAGACUUCAUGCUCGAAAAUAGGGGCAAUGGUAGUAUGAUAAUAGGAAAAAGUGUUCACAAUCAGCGUGUAGAGCGCAUGUGGAGGGAUGUAUACGAAGGCUCAUUAGGAUUUUAUUCGGAACUGUUUUCAUUUCUUGAAGAUGAAGGUAAACUAAACAUAAUGAACCCAUUACACAUAUAUGCCCUUCAUUAUGUGUACAUGCAAAAAAUCAAUGAGAAACUUAAAAUAUAGAAAGAUGCAUGGAACACUCAUAGACUGCGAACAGUUGGAGCAUCACCACUGAAACUCUGGACUUCUGGUAUGAUCAAUAGUCCAGUUCCUUCACAAGAAUGCCCGUCAUCAACAAUUAGCUUUUGACCACACUAGAGGUCACAAUUUUGGUUCAAUCUUCAUGAAACUUGGUCAGAAUGAUUGUCUUGAUAAAAUCUUGGCCGAGUUUGAAAGAAGACCACGUGGGGUUAUAAACUAGGUCAAUUAAUAGGGAAACCUUAUGAUCACUCUAGAAGUCACAAUUAUCAUACAAUCUUCAUAAAACUUGGUCAGAAUGAUUGUCUUGACAAAAUCUAGGAUGAGUUUGAAAGUGGUUCACAUGGGGUAAAAAACUAGGUCAUUAGGGCAAAUAAUAGGAAAAUCUUUUGACCACUCUAGAGGUCACAUUUUUCACCCAAUCUUUGUGAAACAUGGUCUGAUUGUUAGCCUUGAAGAAAUCUCGGACGACCUCAGGUCAAAAAGUAAGUCACUUGGUUAAAUCUUAGAAAAACCUUGUGUGUGUUCUAGUUGUCCAAUCAGAAUUUUCCAAGUCAGGUGAGCGAUCCAGGGCCAUCAUGACCCUCUUGUUUUCUUUAAGUGUAAAUGAGUUAAAAUGUAAAUGUUUGAAAUCAAUAACUGAUGCAGAAAUAAAUCAUUCAAAUCUG